ACAAGUUCUUCCUGAAGGAGCGCAACAGCCGAGCCCAAUUCGCGGACUGGCCGAGCGUCGAUACGGAAGAGUCAGGAGGCAAGGAGAGUGACGGUGACUGUAUCGCCCCACUUGCUGCCGUGUCUCUCUGCCAGCGCGGCUGCCAGCCUGCACCACGGCUGCCGUGCCACGCAACUGGGUGUGCUCUCCAGUCAAACCAAUCCGCAAGGCGACAAG